GUGAGGCUGCGCGGACGACUGGAUGGCGCGGUAGAUGCCGCGCAGACCUGUAUUCUGAUAUCAUGGAGUUGGCGGCAAGCACAAAGCUGAACAAAAGAUGCGAGUCCAGGAAAAAUGGGAUUACAGGUUUGCUUUCAAAACACCUUUGGAAGGCCUUGCAUCUGCCUUCCCCCAUGACUCUUUCGGAUCACUGUACAAGUUCUUGCCCAGACUUGGUGAUGAACAAGAAUGACGUGCUGGAGAAAAAGAGCAGCAGAGAAGCCUCUUCUACAUUCCAGGCGAGGAUGAAGACUCACCGGGCCCUCUGCUCAUCCCUCUCAUCAGACAGCCCCAGGCAGUACCGUGGCCUGGUCUCUCCAGAACAUCUUGAUGCCCAGAUGAAGCAAGUGCACAGCGGUGGGGCAGCCAGGAGCACGGGUUCGCUGGAACGCAAGUCCUUGUUCUGUGCCAGCUCCUUGUCCAGAUCCAUUCUGCCCAAGCCAGUGGAACCCCUGUCCAAGGUCCCAUCUUCCACCCAGUCCUCCUCGUUGCUUUGCAACGGUGGAGGUAACAGCCUUGAAUCUGAUUCCAGCCCCUUGUCUGUUUCCGACUACAAGAAAUCCCACAAUGAGAAUUUGAAAUCGGGGACCAAUCCAGGAGGCACGCAGGGCUUCAGCUUCUUGGAGCCCGUCAUCAGCAAGGUCACAGACUGCAUCUAUGUGGGGAACCUCCGCGCAGCUUACAGUGGCCGAGCGCUAUGCAAGAACAACAUCGACAGCAUCAUCGACAUGAGCAGCUUGCCUGGGGACUAUGGGCUGAACUUCAUCCCCUGCACCUGUGGCCGAGGGCCCCAGCACAGCUGGCCCCGCCUCAAGGUGUACCUCCAGGGGCCCUUGGAGGAGGAGUGCCUGUCCCUGCAGCAGCCGUGCUUCUGGGACAUCAACGAGUGCAUCGAAGCCUCUCUGGAGAAACGGAAGCGGGUGCUGAUUCAUUGCAGGGACGGCUACUCGCUGGCUCCAACCUGCGUCAUCCAGUACCUGAUGGUCAAGCAUCACAUGAGGCUGCUGGCCGCUUACGGGUUUGUCAGAGCCAGGCACCCUGUGAACAUCCAGGAGUGCCACCGCAACCUGCUCGUGGGUUUGGAGAGAGCUCUGUGGCCAGGAGAGGUGGACAUGGAGAGCUUCAAACAGGCCAUGUCGAGGAAGGUGGCAUGGACGUAGGGCUAACCCAGAAGGUGAUGGUGGCAGGUUCAUGUCGUUAAACCAGGCGUGCAACACCUCGUUCAGCCUGAGAGCUGCGUUUCAGUGGCGCAUGGUGUCAAACGGGAAAGGGAAGGGGGCAGAAGUACAAAACACAGAAACACGAGAGCCAUACUGAGCCAGAACAAGGGUCCAUCCAAUCCGUUGCUCUGCUCACAUGGUAGGCAGCCAGCUGCCUGCAGGAUCCCACAGGGAGGACAUGAGUACAACAGCACCCUCCCGGCCAUGCUCCCCACCAACUGGUGCACUGCUGGUAACAAAACUGUAGGAGAAACAUUUCAACCUUUUAGAAUGGGGGAAAACAGCACAAAGCCUAGAAAUCGCCAAGCAAUCCGUGGAAAGAGGAUGGGGAAUCCAGAGCUUCGGCACUCCUGCCUUGAACUCAGAGUGGUCUUGAUCGUGUAGACAGAGCAGGAAAGACGUGGGUUAGGAGUGCAGAAGGCUUCCCUGUUUCCCAGCACAUGUUUUGGUAUCCAAGCAGAUGCCUCUGCAUUCUGCAUGUAGGCACUGUUUGUGUUUUCACUCUUAAACUCCACCUUUGCUUUCUGUGAGACAUUCUGUGUUUAAGCCCAUGGAAGUGCUGCUGUCUUGUCUAGAACAGAUGCAGCAGGAUAAUACAAGGUUUCACUGAUAAUACACUGAAGCACUGCCUGAGCCUGUUCCACAAGGCCAUGUUUCCACAGCCUUUUGUGACAUUCUGAAGAUAAAGCAGCCACCGUAUACUAUGUCAGAUUGUUGGUCUUUCUUCAGCUAGACAGAUCUUUUGCAUCCUGCCUCUUUGAAAGUUUCCAACAAGAAAUGCCAAGAAUUGACUAUAAUUAUACAUGCAAAGUAUGUGCUUUAUUCUUGAGCUACAGCCAAGAAGAUGCAAGUGCUUUGGGCUUUAAAAAGUUCAUUGAUUCUGCAAUGCU